UGUUUGUUAUUACAUCCGUUUCCACACGCACCUGUGCGAUUGUGUACGUUUACUACAUAUCUCGUAGUGGAAUCGAUAUCACCUGAAAAUGACGUUCUUCAGCAUGUGUAGCCCUUAUUUUCAACCUAUUCCAGAGGACAAACGUAUAAUGACACAAACGUUUCUGGACGCUUCACGACAGCUGGUGAUAUUCUUCGACAAGAUGGGUGCAACCUUCAAAUUUGUGAAGAAUGAUGUUGCUGGUAACAUUGAGAAAAUUGACAAGAAGUUUCAACAGGACACCGUCAAGUACAGCACUCUGAAUGCCAUUUUAGAGGAGAAAAAUACUAAGGAGGAUAAAGUCUUAUUGAAUGCCCAUAUUGGAGCUAUCUGGUUAGCUAGAGGGUUGGACUUCAUUCAAGAGAUGUUAAGGCUAAUGGUUGAAGAUCAUGAAAAUGGAACUAAAAAUGAAAACGUCCGCGAUUUUGUGAUGGGAGCCUACAAACUAACAUUGGAUAAACAUCACAACAUCUUAAUGAGGACCCUGUUCAAGCCAUUGUCUGCUGCUGCCCCCUACAGGAGGGAUCUGUUCAAGGUACUGCGGGGAUCGGACGGGGUCACAGAUGACAUGAUAGUUGCAGACAUAAGGGAAUACACAGUCCCACUUAUAGAAAACGUCAGGACUCUGGAGGCCACCAUCCAGGAACUCGGAGUCAAGGAAUAACAGACCUGUCACAUGAUCAUCACAGGAUCAUCACAUGACCAACUAAUUCUCGGCGUCACAUACAAACAACAGCAAUAUAAGGACUGGCAGCUAAAUCCUAGUUGUGUAGUUCCUGUGUUUAAGUGGUAAACUUCUGAAACUUG